AUGUGCUGCAAACUCGCCCGAUUCUUCUUCAUCGCGCGCGACGUUUGCUCGUUGCGGCCUCUGUCGCUCCGCAUUUUCACGAAUCCUCACCGGACACUUGGCGAUCCAAUGGCCUUGUUCGCCGCAGUAGUGACACGCGCUUGUCUUUGGCGCCUGUCGUCCCUUACGCUUACCGUUGUCACUCGUCAUGAACGCUUGACCGUGCGCGACGCCGUCCGCACCGCCGCCUUGCUCUUUGCGCUUCAUGUCCUCAUGCAGCAGCCGAGCCGAACUGGUACGACUCGCUUAGACUUGCCAGAAGCGUGA